AUGGAAGCGUUUUUGGAAACUGUUCGUGAUUAUCCGUGCCUUUAUGAUAAAUCGAACGUCGAUUUCAAGGAUAAGGACCUGCGCGCCAACCGCUGGCACAUUAUUGGACAGCAGUUUGGCAUGAUAGGCGAGCAGGCAGCGGGGAAGUUUAAGAACUUCCGCGACCGCUGGCUUAAGGUAGCCCUGGAGAAAAAGAAGGCCUACAAGAGUGGUGCUCCCGGCAAGGACGGGAAAGCGAAAACUGAGUGGAGCUACCAUUAUAUUCUCGACAGCUUUCUGCGGAAGACACCGUACUACGCGGAAAAACACCUGCAGCAGGCCGAAGAGGCACUGUCAACCAGCAGUGCUGCAGGCGAUUGUGCCCGAAAUUUCUACCUCGGGCCUUCGGUCCCACUCUACGACGACUUCUUUGCCCGUGAGUGCCCCUUGUUUUUGCACAAGCGGCUUACGAAGACCUCCGACGCGAUGCCGCCGCACUAA